AUGAGCAGAGAGAAGUUUUCCAUAUAUAACUUGCUCUCUCUUCUGGUUCUGCUGAUCCAUGGUUUGAUUGCAGCAUCUGCUCAAGAUCUCACUGUCUUCAGUUCUUGUCAAAGCCAUUGCGGGGGAAUAGCGAUUCCUUAUCCCUUUGGAAUUGGUAAAGAUUGCUAUCUCAACAACAAUGAGUGGUAUGAAGUUAUCUGUAACCGAACCUCAGGAAACCCUCUGCCAGUUCUUAAGAGUAUCAACAGAGAACUGGUGAAUAUCUCUCUCCCGGACGACUCAAGCGAUGUCUUUGGGCUAACCCGAAUCAAGAAUCCGGUAACUUCUUUAGGCUGUUCCAAUAUGGAAGAAAUCAGCUUGGCUUUGAAUGUGACCGGGAGCCCAUUCUUCCUCACCGGCCGUAAUACUUUAGUAGCAGUUGGCUGUAACAACAAUGCCUCGAUGACUGAUGAUAAGCUGCAGAUUGGAGGAUGCGAGUCUACCUGCGACGUGGGGUUUGGUCAGAGAGGACGGAACAGAAGCUGCAACGGCUAUAGAUGUUGCCAAGCGAAGAUACUCUCUGACCGUCUGCAACAGAUUGGCAUCAAGAUAGAGAGUCUUGAUGACGAGGCAUAUUCUCCUUUAAAUAUAACCGAACCAGCUUUGUUUUACGAUAAGGGAUAUGGAACGGUGGAGUUAGGUUGGUUCAUAGAUAGGUUACACAAUAUGUCCGUUGUACUGGGGUUUGCUAUUCAAUUACCGAGGGUACAAGCGGUUGGAGUUACAAGCGAAGCUAUAGAAGCUGCAGGUGUAACAGUGGCUACAGAGGCAAUCCAUAUCUCUCGAGUGGAUGUACAGAUAUUGAUGAGUGUGAAGAAGCCAAAGCUGAAGGAAGCAACCAUUGUGGGAAAGGGUAUGAUUGUGAGAAUAUCCCAGGAAACUUUAGGUGUAAAUCCAACAAAAACAAAAGACUAGCCAUCAUUCUUGGUAUUAGUCUAGGCUUUGGCUUGUUGGUAGCCAUUGGAGCAUGGUGGUUGUAUAAGUUUAUCAGAAAGCAAAGGGAGAUAAAGCGGAAGAAGUUCUCUAAGCUUAAUGGAGGACUAUUGAUGCAACAACAAUUGGUUUCUAACGAAGGCAACAUUGAGAAUACAAGAGUAUUCAGCUCGAAAGAAUUGGAGAGAGCCACAGAAAACAAGAGUAUUGCAACAUAGAAGAUCCUUGGAACGUUUGUACUGAUUCUUCCUCCAACAUCACCACCACAUCUUCAUUUGGUCGAAACAUUGUGACCAUCAGAGACCACUAGAUGUAACCGUAUCAUUUGAAAUUUUGGU